AUGAGGAGGUGCCAAGACGACCAAGAUCGUCGCACCCAAGAGGCUGCCGACUUAAUACGAAGCUACUUCAACCAAAACACUCAAGGGAUGGGUACUGAUGCCCACAAUCAACAGAUACCUCAAACCUAUCCUCGGGAGGUCCCUACCCCAAGGAACCAGAGGGAGAGGGUGGUCUAUGGACAUGAAGAGCGCCCAAGGAACCAAGAGAGGACUAGGAGUCACCCCUCUAACAGGGUUCCCCGCAAUAAUAAUCGACCACCCCCGACCGAUGAGCAAGUCCUAACCGGUAAUCAUAUGGGACGUGAUGACUCCCACAAUGUCCGUCUAAGGCGGAGUGGUGGAGGAAACUCUAGAAACAACAAUGGUGACCGUGGCAGAAACAGUGGAAGGACGCCCCAACGUAGGGAGUGGCAACCCCGCGAUCAACAUAGCAAACCACGAUAUGGCGAUGAUCGCCCAAGAAAUUGUAGGUCUAGGGGGAGAAGAGAAGAACCUGAGGUCAACAGUGACUACCAUCCAAACUACCCUGACGGUCAUGGAGAUGAUGAAGCUGAAAGUCAGGCUAACAACCAACCAAAUCAUGAGCUGAGGGGUUAUCAAGCCAGAGGGUCGUAUGCCCCAAAUAGGCAACAUCAACCUAAAAAUCCACACGAAAGGGGUAGGAAUGACCAAGUACCACCCCCGGCAGAUGGAACGGCUGACAGUCAGAACGCCGGAGGAAGGCCAAGAACUGGGUUAGUUUUUGAACGGGUAGGCCCCCGAGGGGGUAGAGACCUGCAUGACGCCCUCAACAGAAAUAGAGACAAUCAUAGUUCCAACAUAGUGAACCCACCUGAGCCAGUUCAAGGGGACCAAGCAAAUGUUGGUGUCAAUAUUGCUCAACCUCAAAUAGUCACAGAUCCGGUGAUCCAAGCUCGGUUGGACGAGUUAACCCGAUUGGUCAAGGACCUUACUGCACCAAAACCCACUGACUUGGAUCUGGAAAGGAGAAGAGGGUCUGCCUUCUCCCAAAUGAUCAAUGACCUUCCUAUUCCAACAAAGUUUAAGAUGCCCACUUGCAAGUACACAGCCCGACAGAUACCGGUGGAGUUGGGUGACUUGGUCGCCAUCAAGCAGAAGCCCGAUGAGCCACUAAAAGACUACAUUCAACGCUUUAUGCAGGAGUCAACCAAAGUAAAAAAUCUGAGCGAUGAUGGCAAGCGGGCCGACAUCAUGGGGGGCAUUCUGGUGGGAAAAGAGGCUGAGUGGAACGCCAAAGGCCUCAACCAAGCUAAGGGAAACAAGAACGGAGCAAGCACUAGUGGCCAAGGCUCCCAUGGUCAGGAGAGUAAUAAUAAAAAUGGCUUUAACAAUGGAAAGAGGACCAACAACAAUAAUGGUGGAAACAACUUUAUUAACAACAAAAAGCCAAACAAAGCAUCAUCAUGA